AUGUCGGCGUCAGCAUCCUCCUCGUUGCCAUUCACCAUGUCCGUCUUCUGUAUUCUCUGCAAUAUGUCGGAGAAGGUAUUGCCACCAAAAAUCUUCUCUCUAUUUAUCCACCUCAUCAUCGUAUCCGUUCCGUCGAAUUCCUCCGGUAAUUUGUGUUUACCGAGACGUCUCUUCUCCCGUCUCUACACCCUAUUCCUGCUAGUCUUCUCUAAUCUCCUCCUCGCCUCCCUUCUUACUUUGUCAUGCAUCAUGCCCCUCUUCCAAGGAAAUCUCUUCGUCAUCUCCAUGGAGUUGUCACCUUCAUCGCCAUCAUCUAUCAUACUCUUCUUCCCUGGCAUUCUCUUCAACAGCACAUCUCUGCGCACCAUUCUAGCCGUAGCUGAAUUCACAGCUAACAGGCACAUGACGGCGAGAAGUAUACACAGAAGGCACGACUUCAUCCUGGAAUGGUGA